GCACCCACCCAGACCAGCCCUUCGACCCGUCCAUCCACCGCCUUCAGAUGCACACGGCCAUUCACGAGGGGAAGAGGCGGGCGUACGCACAGGCCAAGGAGCGCUUCGACGACGGUAUCGCCCGCCUUCCCCCAGGACGCCAACGAGCUGCUCGGCGCGCGCAGGAGGCCAAGAUGCACGCGUGGCUCACGGCCAUGCCGUCGUGCAGCGAUCAGACCGACCUCAGCGGCGAUGCUUUUCGGGACGGCCUGGCGGUUCGCUACGGGUACCGCCCACCCAACCUCCCCUCCAGCUGCCCAGGGUGUGGUUCCGCCUUCACCCUCACCCUGCCCUGGACUGCGCGAAGGGCGGGCUGA